GCGCAUCGCCCCCUCCUCCCACCCAGCAACGAGGGACUCGUACCCUGUCAGGCCUUGGGAGAGCCAAGAUAUGUUACAGAGUCAGAGGCUCUGGAUUUCCUCCUGUCAGCGCUCCCCCGUCCAUUCAGCGAUGGGGCAGUGCGCGACGUCAGGUCGUUGAUGCCAUCCAUAGAGUGUCGGCUGCCAGUGAUCCGCGUAUUAGAAUUCCGUCAAAUAUGCCAACGUCUCAGCUCAGUCUCCUCGGACCUUCCCCUCCUCUUCCUUCGUUGGGCACAGACUGCGUCGGCCCCUGGUUGUUUCGUUUCUGUUCUAACCCCUGGUGGCCUUUUCGUUCUUUACCUCUACAAUACAGCUGGUCUAUCCUUUGUUUUUCCUUUUAAGCAGCAUCCGUUUAAUCUUUAUUGCCUAAGCUAUGUUGUCGUGGUCUGCAUUCCGAUUGUACAGGAGGGUUCUUUUUGGCGUGGCAUCAGUGAUAAGCCUGCUAUGGGCAAUUACCUUGUCUGUAUAUAUUUCUCGAGAGUGGAAGCGUGCUAUUCACGCUCAGCGUAUUGUGGCAUUGCUCAUGAUUGCUGCCAACGCAUUCUCAUCUGUUCUACUGUAUUUGAUGAUCGUUGUCAUUUUCCGACUUCGGUUAGAAUUCGCACGGACUGUAUUCUUGUUCUUGCUUUACCUCGGAAUCGCUGUACCGUUAACACUCGUUGGACCGAAGUUCAAUUGUGCUAUCUUCGCUUCGAAGCAAGCUUGCAGCGCAUCUUACGACUUUUCAUUGUUUUUGACAUGGACAUUUGUUGCUAUAUUUAUUAUACACGCAAUAUUCCUGUGCGUGAUGUCUACGAUCCCAGAACCAGAGCCGCCCAAGGACGACGAGUCCUUCGUUUCCGAUACAAAGGAUCUCGAAGGCAACCUUGAAGCUACCAACGAACCCAACAGCGCAGACUUGGUCGUGUCUAAGGCCGAACGCGUGCAAGUCGUUCCCGCUAAGCUAAUAUCAGUAGAAGACAUUGCACGUGUCCCGUCCCCUCCGAAGUCGCCUUGGCAAUUCUCGCGCUCUGGCACAGCGCUCUCCACAACGAGCGGGUUGAGCAUGAUGCCAAUGCUGCCAUAUGGGGCAUCUUCCUACGAUGGAUUUCUUAAGCGCACAGACAGUCCUGCGCCGUCAUACCGCUCGCAGGAAUCGCCUCGCCCGAACUUUGCGCGGGUCCCCGUCCGCCGCGAACGCCCGUUACUGCUAAGUCGAUACGCAUUGGAUCCUCUCUUGCGGUCGGCUUCGCAGAGCUCCACAGACUCGACGACUACAGUGGAGUCUAUCAUCAGCUCAUACAGCUCUGAGGUGGAUGCAGAGACACUGCCUCGUCCUCCAGAGGCCACUCUUGCCGCGCAUAUCAGGUCAAGCUCUCCGCGAUCGCUGCCAAUCGACAAUGUCCCUCCCCAGCUCCGUCCCGGCACUCCCUCAUCUGCCAGCAGGGGCCCAUCCGUGUACUCAAUAACGCCUACCGUCGGGCGAUGCGACGUGUCACACGUCUCGUCGCGCCCGCUUACUCCGGAUUCUAUACAUUCGGUGGCGCCGAGUCUGUUCUUCAUGGGCGGGCCAGGAGAGGCGGUCGUCGCGACUACCCCUGUGAAGGCUGAGAUGGCGAAGCCCUCCGUUGUCAUUGGGCCGGCGCCCAAGCCGCUCUCGGGACUGUCGCGCCAACCAACGUACGCGCUGCGGUUGCCCAAUCCGUAUGACGCGGCGCUGGGAGAUGCAAAUUCGACCAGGGGCGAACCGGUGCCGAUGCCUCCGCUGAGACGCAAUCUUGGUGGACAGCGUGUACUUCCAUAGUUGUCUUGCUCGUUCACCUCCCUUCUGCGUUGCACGUCGCGCGAAUCGACAUGUUCACGGAGGUUCACCCAGACGCUCCCCCCCCCCCCCACUUAUGGGC